GCUUUGACAGUUGCUUGCUGCAGCCCCUAAAUGCUGGAUUUUCUGCCCGUCAAAUUCCGCCACAGACCAGGAGGAAUCUUGUAGGAUUUGUUCAUUCCUUGCCACCAGCCCAGAGCUGGCAACUGCUGAGAAGGGCAUCAAGGAGCCAUAGGUUGAAAAACUGCUUGGAAGGCACAUCAGAAAGUUAGUGCCAAGAAAAGGUGGUGCUCUGGCCAGGGAUAGGGAUGCACCCUGAAUCACUGAAGAUGUCAUGGGGAGCCCUUGUCCUGUUCUGGCUACUACAGGAAGAGGCUGUGGGAUCAGCAGCAGAGAGGAAAGCAGCAGGUUGGACCCAAGGACAUGUAUCAGAGUUUGGGGCAGAACCUCCGUCCUGGGAGCGAAAGACACGAGAAAUCUCGCCAGACGGCAAAAGGACCCGAAUCAGCCAAGAUCUCAUUGGAGGAAGCUUGGCUAUUGACACUUUGACAGAUAAUGAAACGCAGAUUGUGGAAGACAACCACAGCUACUACAUAUCCCGGGUGUAUAGCCCCAAUGAGGUGCGAGCCAAGGAACUCUGGGUGGAAAUUAUGGAAGCCAACAGGAGCCAAGUCAAGGUCCAUGGAAUCCUCUCCAAUACACACAGGCAGGCUUCGAGAGUCAUCCUAUCAUUUGAUUUCCCCUUCUAUGGGCAUCACCUGCGGCAGGUCACCAUAGCAACUGGAGGUUUCAUCUUCAUGGGGGAUGUCAUUCAUCGGAUGUUGACAGCCACACAGUAUGUUGCCCCUCUGAUGGCAAACUUCAACCCCAGUUACUCCAGUAAUUCCACUGUCAAAUACUUUGACAAUGGGACAGUCUUUGUGGUUCAGUGGGACCAAGUGUAUCUGGAAGGGAAAGAAGACAGAGGCUAUUUCAUCUUCCAGGCAGCUUUGCACAGCGAUGGCAGAAUUGUCUUUGGCUACAAAGAGAUCCCCAUGUCAGUCCUGGAGAUUAGCGCUACACAACACCCUGUCAAAGCUGGCCUCUCGGAUGCUUUCAUGAUCCUUAACUCCUCUCCUGGUGUGCCUGAAUCUCACCGUCGGACCAUCUAUGAAUACCACCGAGUGGAACUGGACACCAGCAAGAUCACAAGUGCAUCAGCCGUGGAGUUCAUGCCCUUGCCCACAGGAGCCCAGGGCGGCAAAUUAACUUGCCUCCAGCACCAGAGCUGUGAAGUUUGCACGACAUCUGACCUAACCUUCAACUGCAGUUGGUGUCAUGUCCUGCAGAGGUGUUCCAGUGGAUUUGACCGAUACCGUGAAGAGUGGUUGGAAUAUGGCUGUGGCCAAGAGUCAGGAGAGAGGACUUGUGCGGACUUUGAAGAGGAUGAACAUUACUACCCAUCACCUCCCAGCAAUACUCUGUUCACUCUACUCGGAGAAGACAUCACCACUUCUUCCCACUUUGUCAACAGCCUAACCACAGAAGAUGAUACAAAGUUGAACCAAAACCCAGAAGAUGGUUUGAGAGAUGACCUCCCUACAAAGAAAACGGAAUCCCAACUCCAUACAGGAACAAUUAUUGGGAUUGUGCUGACAGUCCUGCUCAUAGCAGCUAUUAUUCUUGCUGGCAUCUACAUCAGCAGCAAUCCUACAUCCAGCGCUGCUUUAUUCUUCAUUGAGCGGAGACCGCGGAGACCGCACCAGUGGCCUGCCAUGAAGUUCAGAAACCACUCAAUGUACACUGAAGUUGAGCCAGCUGGCCAUGAGAAGGAGGGUUUUGUCGAAGCAGAUCAAUGCUGAAUUAUUAUUAUUAUUAUUAUUAUUAUUAUUAUUAUUAUUAUUAUUAUUAUUAUUUCUCUCCCACCUUUAAAUCAUUGCCUCCCAUUUCCUGUUUAUUUCAUGAUGAAUACUGUACAGCUGAAGAAAUAGUAAAAGGGGAAAGGGGAAAAGUAAACACCAUUAAAAAGAAAGUCUCAGAAGAGAAUGUAAAUGGAUUCAGGAGGAUUUAAAAGUGGGAAAAGCAUGCAAGUUUGGCACAUGGUCAUUGGAUGGUUCAGCAGGGAAAGCUGAAAAGGAGUCAAAUCUAUUGCAGAGCAGGCCCAUUUCAUACCAGGUGAAUCAGGUGUAGCCAUCCACAGCUGGUUUUGGUGCCAGUGAAAAGAAGCCUCCGCUCUUCCUUCUUUUUACAGGCACUUCAGCCAGACAGCAAAGAAGAACAGAAAUGCAUUUUUGUCCUUUGUGCAUUCUGGAGUGUAUUACACAUAUUUUUUAAAAGGCCCCAAAUGGUGGGAAAAAAUAUGUGAAACUGUCCAAAGAAAGGUUAGAAAUCAGAGAGGGAAAAAUCUCUUCUAGAUGAGAGACUGAAUUUUGCCCUCUAAAUAUCCUUUGCAAUAUAACAUUGGGGCUUAUGGAUUAUAGUAACAUGGAACAGUUGGUUGACUCAAAUAUCUCACUGUCAUUGCAGCAGUUAUCGGAUGCAGCACCUGACAUUUAUGGAUUGUGGGGAGCUUAAGCUGGGUCUGAAAUGCCACCUUGGUAUAAAUUCAAGCCAAGAGAAGGAAAGCAUUAAUUAAGGAGGCCUUGCAAUUGACAGUAAUCGCCACUGGUUGACAGCUGAACCAGCCAGGGGUUAAAAUAUGUACCAAACUUGGCAUCAGACUCUAAAAACAACAUGACUCAUCUUAAUUCUGCUGUGAAUUACUAACUCCAUCUCACAAUUGGCUAUAUGGUUUAGCUGCACUUUGCUUUCCUUUUACAGAUUUUAAAUGCCAAUUUCAGUCUUUGGUUUCAUUUGUCAAUGGGAAGCAGAAAAUUUCACCUUAUUUUAAUGAAGGGAAGAAAGUAAAUUAAAAAGAUUAUCCUCCCCACCUCAUUAGCGAUCCUAUUAACAAUAAUAUUUUUGUUAGGGAUCAAGACCCAGUCUUUUUCAAGGGAGUCUUAUAGCACAUCUGGAUGUUAAAUGUUUGUAACAUAUUGGAAACAGUGUAGUUCCCACUCUUUUCUCUUCAUCUAACAUGAUGGUUUCCCCAUACAUUUCCUCAGCAUGUGAUAGGGUGAUAAAGUGUACUUGCAAAGUGCUGGUACACAUCCAAGAAAAUGCAAAUGAACUAUUCCUUUCCCUCAAUCCAGUAUGGAUUUCUAUACAAUAAGAGACACUAUGCAGUUGGAGACUUGGUUGUCAAUCCUAGCUUUUCCCACCAUCCUCAACUCCCUUCUAUAGAAAAAUCAACAUUUUAAGCCAGACCGUCACAAAUAUUUUGAUGUUGACAUUAUUGUGAGCAUAUCUGCAAAUUCUGUGCAAAUUUUGCACAUUUCCUGAGGACCAGAUCUCCUGUUACUAUAAUGCAGGGUGAACACGGCAGUGACCCAUGUUUCCCUCCCAUUUCUUUAGGUCAUGUUUUGAGGGGAUGUGAUGUGACACCAUCACAUUCUGCAUUUCCCACGCACACUGCAUAUAUUGACUGCCAUUUGCAGAGAGGUGGGAAAAUGCUGACAGCAUCAUACGCCUGCUUUAACUAAAUAUCACCAGGAAGCUUGAGAAAGAGAUAAGCACUAGUAACUGCCAUGUAUAAGGUAGUUUGGUUCUGAGAGUCUAAAAUAGUCUUUGCUAACUUGCUGCCUCCAGAUGUUUUGGACUGCAACUCCCAUCAACCUCAGGCAACACAGCUGAAGCUGGUGGGAGUUGUAGUCCAAAACAUCUGGAGGCCACCAGGUUGCCAAACCCAAUUCCCGGCUGUAUGGAUAAAUUGAUAAAAAUGAAAACGUGCACACAAAGAUCAACCAAGGCAGCACAUCUCCUGUGGUAGAGAGAGAGAAAAAAACACCAAGAUAUAUUUUAUUUGUUGGUGAACAUGUCUCCUAAACGUCUGUACCUAUGAGUGUUGUAGCCUCAUUCCAUAUCCAGGCUGAGCCUCUCUAAGCAGUUUCCACAGGAGCUAAUUAUGUCAUGUAUAGUACAGUACAUAAUUUUGCAUAACUGUAUAGCCAUAUAGAGAUGUAGAUAAAGACAAAGUCGAAUUUGGGCUUUUAUCAGGGUUAUGGCCUUUUCUCCCUGAGCUGACUUUUUAAAAAACACUGCACAAGAUGCAACACAGCUCAACUUUGCAUCCCAUUGGACUUUUUUUAAGAACAGUGUAUGAUGUGCUAUUUGUCACAAUCAUUUAUGUGCUAUGUCAAGAAUCAGGAGGUGAUACAGAAGAGAUCCCUGAAAGAACAGGGUUAUAUAUUUGUUCACCAAGCACUCGUACGCAAGGGUACACCACAGUCAUAAAGGGUGCUUUCAGACAUGGACAAUGUUUAGUAGCACCCAAGCAUUGUUCUGUUUCAAGCUGGAAGGGAAUAGCAACUACACUUUCAGAGUUCUGAAACUCUGUAGCCAAGUGGGCAGCCCUCUUUCCCCAGCCUCAAGUGUGUGUGUUAUGAUUGGGACCAUUGUGUGCGCUGGGGGAAAAGAAUUAAAUACUUGCUGCCUAAUCACUGCAUUGCUGAUCUUGAUUCCAACCCUAUAGUUUAGGGCAAAAAGUAGAAGAGAAAUGGAUAUAAAGGCAAUGCUUUUUAAGGGAAGGUUUAAUGUGAUUAAGAGUUGAUUUCUAAAAAGUAGCAACAGACCAUAGAAAAGGAAAUGGCUAAAGCAAUCUAUACAGGCCAGAAUUGGCCAGAAUAGCAGUGUGGUAGGCCAUCUGUACCUGAGAAAAUUGUGCAGCUAUUCCACUGAAUUUUAAAAAGCUGAGUUUUUUGAGCUGGGGCGUGGGGGAGGGAAGGAAGCUGAACAUGAGGGGAGGAUGUUUUCUUCACAGUGUUGUGCAGAUGCCCUGUAGACCAAGAGUAAGCAAAGUGUGGCUUUUCUGCAAUUAAUGCCCAGUGUGGAAGCAGCCAAACAGUAAAAAAAAAAAGUGUAAUAAACAGAAGCAUAUCUUCAGAUGUAGUUAUUAUUAUUACUCUCCAAUAAGGAUGUGUUUUCAUAGGAAUUUUACAAGGCAUUAUUUGGGCAUUUCAGUACUGAAUUGGAAGUAUUAAAACAGUCAUUGUGUGUUUUGUGCUGACAUGAAUUGUAGUGCUAGUCUAAGAGUCUCUCUACCCUCUCCAUGUACCUGUUGGAGGUUUAUGGCUUGAUAAAGAACCAGUGCAUGAAAAUUGCAGGAUUUAGAUGUGUUGACCAUAUCUGAUUCUGCAAUAAGCCCAUGCAAGAAUUCUGAUAAGUCAAAUGACCCAUUCAGCUCAUAUCCAGAGCAAACAGGAUGCGAGCACCAAAUUAGUUAUCUCUCAUAGCCAUGCAAGGCCUAAUUUCUUUCUGUAUACUUGAAUUUACAGCAUAAUUCAUUUUGGGGGAGGAUGGAGUGGGAAAGCUUGAAACAAGACAUUUAGUAUGGAUUAUCUGCAUGGAAUGCAGUGUUGAUACUAAUAUAUAUUAUAAAAUAUGAAUUACUUGUACUUUUGGGAUUGCUUCAGUUUUCAGAAUAAAAAAGGGCAAAGUUAAUGACUGAUGUUCAGUUAUGUGUUAAAUUGCAGGAUUUCAUCAUUAAGAUGCAUCCAUAGCGGGGCUUUUAAAGCAGAACAACUUUUUUUUUACUGUCCCCUUAGCUCCCAGUUUUAGAAGUCUAUAAAAUGGAGGCCAUAAUUUGGCUAAAAAAUGUAUAUUUUAUUAAGAGCUCCCUACCUCCUAUGGCAACUAUCAGCCCAACCCUAGCCAUGUAGUCUGUACCUUGAGGGCACACACACAAGUUCCUGCUUUCCCCUUUCCUGCUCUGUCCACAGAUUCCUGCAUUUGUAUUUUGGCAUAUAAUAGCAUCAAAUUAAGAGUGCAAGGAACAUCUGCAUCAGCCUAUAUUGACAUUCUCUCAUAUCUCAUUCACCCCGUCCAAA